AACAAGGGUUUGCGUCAGUGGCUGCAAAUUGACAGCCAAAAACAGCAGGCCUUUAGCAUUCUCAAAAUACAUUUGUUGAUAAAGUGGUCUGGAAUCAACUGGGUCCGUGAAGCCUGUACCUCUCGGCAACGAUACGAAGGGCAGUUCCCUGGUUCACAAGGUGGUUUCCCAAUGCGUCGAAAAGCCACGAAGGAAGCC